AUGUUUUGUUCUUGGUUUGUCUUGCCAUUCAUUUUAAUCUAUAGGAUGUUACUGCGAUCUGCUGCACUAAUAAGUUUGAUAUCAGUAAGUGCGAACACACCGAAGACAUUUGAAUACGUUCCAUCUCUUAUGUACGUCACGUUUGCGGUUGAUAUUAUGGUGGCUUGCUUAUUGACCGUUGAAAUGAUUACGAAGAUGUGCGUUCAAGGUUUGGUUGCGCCAUCAACUAAUCAGGAUCUAAAUCAGCUUAUCAAAAAGCAAAUUGCAGCUAAGUCCAUGGGUGUGAACGUGGAGUCUUCGUCACGACGCAAUCGGGCGUAUUUCCAACAGUCAUGGAAUUGCUUCGACGCCUUCAUGGUUUUCUGCUUGUGGGCCUCCAUAGUGCUACAGUGCUUUGAGCUACGCGCCACUUGGCGUACGGGUGAGGAGGAGCAGAAAUUCUGGCGCCAGUAUGGUUGGCUCAGCGUACUACGCUGUCCCCGACCUCUCAUCCUCAUCCGCGUGUUUCGUGCUGUUCUCAAGCUGCAACUGCCCCCGGCCCGUGUGAACGCCAUCUUUCAGCGGUCGACUCACCAAAUCUACAAUGUCAGUGUUUUCUUGCUCUUCUUCAUGUCGCUGUAUGGACUUCUUGGAGUGCAGUUCUUCGGUGACGAGUUAAACUAUCACUGUGUAGUAAAGAGCGCCAAUGAGAGUAACCUAUUGAAAUCGGAUCUGGCCAUACCGGACUCUUAUUGUAAUCCGUUCGCACCUGAAACUGAGAACCAAUGUCCGAAAAACAUGAAGUGUGUUCGAGCGAGAACCUCCAUCGCUGAUGAGGGUAGCUAUGCAAGUUUCGAAGCCUUUCACAUCAGCAUGUUCACCGUAUAUCAAGCUUCAUCGCAAGAAGGCUGGGUCUUCAUAAUGUACAGGGCGAUGGAUUGUCUUGCCCCUUGGAAAGGUGUGGCCUACUUCAUCACGAUGAUUUUCAUGUUGGCGUGGCUAGUUAAGAAUGUGUUCAUUGCCGUGCUGACGGAAACAUUUGCAGAGAUUCGUGUUCAGUUUCAGCAAAUGUGGUCGCCUCGAAUCGCCACUGACACGGAUUUUUCAAAGAUUUUUCAAUUCGACGGUACGUCUUGGAAACUAGUUCCUGUGCAUGAGAGGAAAUCGCGUGGUCUGGCUCCCCGUUUUGUUGAAGAGACUCUCCUUAAAUCGACGGGUUUCAACAUAGUUAUUAUGCUCCUGGUGUUAGCCAAUGCAAUCACUGCUGCGGGUCAGCACUUCAACCAUCAGCGCGUGCGACACGAUGACUACGAUGAACAGAUUCACAUGGACGGAUUCUACUUUGCUGAGUUAGGGUUCACAAUGGUGUUCAAUCUAGAGGCUGCCUUUAAAAUUUGGUGUCUUGGGUGGCGGACUUACUGGUCUCGUUCUCUCUUCAAGUUUGAGCUGAUGCUCUGCAUCGGCACCACUCUGCACUGCAUUCCCCAGCUCUACCGCACUGAGUUCACUUAUUUGGCGUUUCAUCCGUAUUACAUCUCAAUAAACUGGCAGAUUGUUCUUCCACAGGUCAUGAGAAUAGUGAGAUUGAUCAAGGCUUCUCCAAUGCUGGAGGAUUUUUGUUUUAAGAUUUUCGGCCCUGGGAAAAAGCUGGGAAGCCUGGUUUUAUUUACCACUUGUCUGCUGGUAAUCACUUCAACCUUCAGUCUGCAGUUAUUUUGCUUCUUCCAGGCCUUCGAUGAAGAGUUUGAUCGGUUUGAGACAUUUCCAAAGGCCUUUAUGUCCAUGUUUCAAAUCCUGACGCAAAAGGGCUGGGUUGCAGUAAUGCAUGACACAAUGGACGUCGUCGACUCGGCAGCGGUAACUACUGGCGUGGCAAUUUACUUUGUCUUCUAUCACCUCUUUGUCACCUUGAUUGUUCUCAGCCUUUUCGUGGCUGUUAUAUUGGACAAUCUGGAGCUGGACGAGGAUAUUAAGAAACUGAAGCAGUUAAAAAUGAGGGAGAUCAGUGCUGAGACGCAGCAGAAGCUUCCACUUCGUUUACGAAUAUUUGAAAAGUUCCCAAACCGCCCACAGAUGGUGAAGCUGACCCGACUAGUAUCCGAUUUCCUGUUACCCAAGAUUCGCGACAGUUUUAUGCGUCAGUUCGCUGCAGUAUCGGCCCUAGAGGAGGUGGAGGAAGAGGCGGUGUCAGAGAUUCUGGCGGCCGCCACAACGAUGGCAUCCAUCUCUGCCAGUGCUGCUCUUAUCCCUAGUGGCCUCACAUCGGCUUCUGCAACGGUUGGGGUGGUGAGUGCAGGUGGAGGAGGGGGAGGUGGCGGCACUGGUUCUGGCACCAAAUCGAUUAUCUCUCAAUCGCACUCUGUGCCAGGUACCAGCGGCAGUAGUGACAGUGGCGUCCCCAACUCAGCUGCUGGCGGAUGGCGAUCAAAAGCUGCUGAAACAGCCGCGGCCAUUUCCUGCUCACGCGAGAUUCGUCGUAAAGUGCACGGUCUUCAUGGGGAGGAGAAAGUCAGAGCUAUAGUCUAUCUACUCAAUGAAUCGAACAAAACUCGACUGCUCAGCAUGGAGCAGUCGCCAAACGUCAAUGGUCGAUCACUGCUCUCAACUCAGCAUCACAUCCGACUUGAGAGGAGAAGUCUGAGAAACCGGUCAGGAGGAUCGCUGGGGACGGCUUUUCUAGGACGCGAUGGGACACCAAUGGGGAUGAGCAUGGGAAUGGGGGUGCGUGGCGGCGUUGACAGUAGCGGCCUAGGGGGCCUUAGCGUUGUCUCUGGCCUUGGAGGCAGUGACUCUGCCACUGAUUCGCGCGCCGGUCUCGACAGCACUGGCCAUUAUGAUAUCAAGGUGCUCCAACAGAAAGCUCAGAUGGCUGAGAUUAAGCGAACUCAGCAGGAAGAGGAAUUGCGAGAGAAUCAUCCUCUCUUUGAUCGUCCGCUUUUUACGCUCGGCCGACAGAGUCGUUUGCGACGUUUCUGCAGUCUCGUUGUUAGAGCUCGGCAUAAGGCCUCUAGAUCAAGCAGCGGUAACGACAGCAAUGGUGGCAGCAUUCAUAAGAUUCUGGGCUUCGUCACAUACCUUGACUGGUCAAUGCUAACGAUCACUAUUCUUUCCUGCAUUUCAAUGUCACUGGAGACGCCUCAUCGGCGGCUCAUGAAUACACCGGAACUUAAGAUUGGUGAAUAUGUUUUCUUUGUCGGAAUGACAAUUGAGCUUGCAUUGAAAGUCUUAGCUGAUGGUUUUAUCUUUACGCCUAAUGCGCUGCUAAGAGACUUCGGUGGAUUUCUGGAUAUAUUUACCUACAUUGUGAGCCUAACCUUUGUGAGCUACUUUAUGCGAGUGGAAAAGUUGGGACCGGGUUCGGUGGGCCAACUCUUCAUGGUGCUGCGAUGCCUUAGACCGCUGCGCAUCUUUUGUCUCGUCCCGCAGAUGCGGCGUGUUGUCUAUGAACUGGUGCGUGGUUUCCGGGAAAUACUCAUGGUUACAGUGCUGCUCGUGGUAUUUAUUUUCAUUUUCGCCGUCUAUGGGGUGCAUAUGUUCGGUGGACGUCUGGCAAUUUGCAACGACCGAAGCAUUGCUCGCAAAGUAGGCUUAUUUCCAGGUCCUAAUGGUCGCGUCCAGGAGGAUUGCAAAGGCGUCUUCCGUAGGGAAUUGUCCGUGACGCGAAUGAAGAGUUUUAAGGGACCUGCACCGAAAUUUCUGGUACCCCGUGUGUGGGCUAACCCCCGGAAUUUUAACUUCGACAACAUUGGAAACGCGAUUCUGGCUCUUUUUGAGGUGCUUUCGUUGGAAGGAUGGGUGGAAAUCAGAGAUGUUAUUAGAGCUCGAAUCGGCCCGACUCAUGUCGUGUACAUCCACCUCUUUGUGUUUGUCGGCUGCCUCAUUGGACUAACUCUGUUUGUGGGUGUGGUGAUUGCAAAUUAUAGUGAAAAUAAGGGUACCGCCUUGCUGACUGUAGAUCAACGGCGUUGGUUGGAUUUAAAGGGGAGGAUCAAAUUGACCCAGCCCUUGCACAUACCACCUCGGCCAAAACUUCGUCCGGAGCCAGGUCAGUUGCCGAUAUCCAGCGAAACUACAUUUCUGCGGUUUCGAUGUCUGAUCUACGAUAUCACACAACACAUUGCCUUCAAGAGAGCCUUUGCUCUACUAGUCCUCUUCAACAGUGCUCUGCUCUUUUUCCCUUUUAACGAGCGUGGAGCAGAGGCCUUUCCUUGGGUCAGGAUACGCUAUCGGGUGCAGGUCACACUAGCCAUGAUAUUCACUUUCCUCUUCUGUAUGGAAUGCGUAAUGAAGAUAAUUGCACUCACUUUUAACGGCUACUGGCAGUCAAAGCGGAACCGAUUUGACAUGUUUGUCUCCAUUCUCGGUCUCAUAUGGGUUGUUCUUCACUUCAGCCUGCGUUCAACGCCGGCAAAUAGAAUCAUCAGCAAUAACUCUGGCUGGGUGAUACAGAUGCUCCGGUUCUUUACGAUCGCUGGAAAAUACGUCACCUUAAAAAUGCUUAUGCUCACCGUUACGAUGUCCAUCUACAAAUCACUCUUCAUUUUGACAAGUAUGGUCGUACUGAUGCUAGUCUAUGGCCUGAUGGGAGUCGUGCUUUUUGGUUCCGUAAGAUUCGGUGAUAACCUCGGUCGUCAUGCCAACUUUCACAACGCCUUUAGAGCAAUCAUCUUACUCUCUCGGAUAGUUACGGGAGAAGACUGGAAUAAAAUUAUGCAUGACUGUAUGAUUCAACCACCCUUCUGCAUUGUGAAGGAAACAUUUUGGGAAACUAAUUGUGGCAAUGCGCAGGCAUCUCUCGCUUACUUUUGCUCAUUCUACGUUAUUAUUACCUAUGUUAUGCUGAAUGUUCUUGUUGCCAUUAUCAUGGAGAACUUCUCGCUCUUCUAUUCUAAUGACGAGGACGCCAUAAUGAGUUACAACGACAUACGUAACUUCCAGCAAGCGUGGAAUAUUAUUGAUGUUAAUCGAAAGGGAAUGGUAAAAGCUUAUUACGUUCGCUUCCUUCUUCGUCUCAUCCCUCGUGAAAGAGUUGGCUUUGACCUAUCUAAAAAGCGUGACAAGCAACUCUUCAAGGAAAUGUGCUAUGAGGUCGAAACUUUGCGUGGCGGUCGUGAUAAAGAAGUUAGUUUCCACGAUGUCUUAAUGGUUCUCGCCUACCGGACGGUGGACAUUACCAAGACCCUACAAUUGGAGGAACUGAUUGCGCGAGAGGACCUAGAGUAUGCUAUUGAGGAAGAAGUUGCAAGACAAACCAUUGCCACAUGGAUUGAACGAUGCAUCUUCAGAAAGCGUCAGAAGCACGGUCAUCUCCAUUUUUCCAUGCAUUCUACAUCAGACCGUCCAACCAGUGGUCAGUCUUUUGAAGAUGCAAAUAAGGAGUCCUCCGCUACUGCAAACAAAGGUGACUUUGCCAAAUCUUCUCUUCGAACACGUACAUCAAAAAUUAAAUUUAGCCGUGACGAACUCAAUGCUCGGAUGGAGAGCGUUGACAAUCCGCCAUCGGCCUCAUCCACCAACCAGAGCCCCCCUACAACACCAACGCCGCAACCGAUCCUCUCACCUGUCGCGACCACCAUUCGAGCUACUGAUACUGCGGUUGCACGAAUGGCGGGCUUCCAGGACACUUGCGAAUCGCGAGGGCGCGUGAACGGUCGUGUGGACUCUAAGACUCUGAAAUCUGAUGCACACAUCCCAGAUGGUUUGCUGUCCAAUAGUAUUGGCAACAAGGCAACAGGAAGCAGCCACCUGCCUCCGCCCGCCUCUCCUUCAUUGACUUUUGUAGAUUCAUGCACGAAAUCCAAACAGGCAUUACCGAACAUAACAAAUGCAAAUUUGCCUGACACGGAGCUUCACAAGGGAUUUCGACUUACUGGUUCCGGGGGGAACUUUUUCCGUCGUCGAAGCAUGCGUGCCUCAAAAACCCACACUUCGCUCUUUUCUGGUGUGGUCGAAGAUUCGGAUCAAGUUGCGCGACUUUCAUUAUUCACCGGUACCGGGAUGCCAGCCAUUCAAGAGGCGGGUACAGGUCAAAUAAAAAAUUCGUCCAUCGAACUAACUGAUUUAAAUACUACAUCACCCAGCCUCUCGAUUCCUAUUGCAGAUAAGCAGCUUCUUGAUUCAGGUGCUAGUUCCCUAUCGGAGCACGCCGGUGAGGUUGUAGAAAAGUCUGGACAGAGUGAAGGAAUUCCAAAUUCGCCAAGUUGUGAAAAGCGAUCUGCAAUGAAGAACUUGACGGACGAACACUCUGGACUAAUUGUUCUCACUCAGAACGUUCAAAAUUCUUGCCAGGAUGUGAAGUCUUGGUGGAUGCAGCAAAUCCAUCCCGAAAAACCUCCUACUAACACGACUUCAACCAAUGGUAGUCUGGAAAAAGUGGCACGAGGGACGUGGGAGGGAAGUAUGGAAUCUUUCCUGCCAUCAGUAGUGGUGACAAGUCGUCAACCUUUAUCCAGCCGCAUUCGUCGAAGGGCGCACCAUGGAACGAAUAUUGCUGGGAGACAAGAGUCUAUGACCCUUGGAGGUGGAAAGAGGCGAUUUUUUAAUGACCCUGUAGCAUAG